GCUUAAGCGACAGCACCGGGUUGUAAACUUCCGGUAUGACAGAUAAUCUGGGCUAAGAAAGCGGAGUCGAAGGAGUCAUGAUUACACUGUCCAAGAAAUUGAAACAACAGACACCAGUGAAAAAGGAGACCAAUGAAAUCAAAAGGAUAUCAAUCCGGGACAAACUCCUAGUAAAGGAGGUCCAGGAAAUGGAAGAGAACCUGCCCAAGACAUGUAAAGUAAACUUUGGUAACCCAAAUCUGCUCCAUAUUUUUUCUCUGACCAUCACCCCCGAUGAAGGAUUCUGGCAUGGCGGAAAAUUCUUGUUUAAUGUUGAUAUACCUGAGGAUUAUAAUAUAGUGCCCCCAAUAGUUGUAUGUAGUACAAGAAUAUGGCACCCUAAUAUCAACGAGGAUGGUGAAGUUUGUCUAAGUUUACUCCGACAAAGUUCCUACGACAGUCUAGGUUGGGCACCCACAAGACGACUCAAAGAUGUGAUAUGGGGUCUCAACUCUUUAUUUUCUGAUUUACUCAAUUUUGACGACCCACUCAAUGUAGAUGCUGCCGAUCACUAUUCACGCAACAAAGAAUCAUUCAAGAGUAAAGUGAGAGACUAUAUACAGAUGUACGCUGCUAGGUAACAGUGUGUGCUUAUAAUGUGCUACAAGACUAUUGGACACCCACUGUGUAACCAUGGAAACCUACAGUUCCUGCAUGUGACUGAGGCUGUUGGCUGGCUAGUGUGAUAACAGGGUUGUCUGCAUGUCACCAUUUGUUAUAGAGACUUAUAUUGGCUGGCCAAUGUGUUACCAUGGUAACCUGUGUAGGUUUCCAGUUGUCAUAGAGACUAUUUAUAGCUGCCUAGUGCAUGUAUUACCAUGGUAACAUGCAUUCUCCUCAUUUUAUUGAAGAUAUUGGCUAGCCAGUGUAUUUUCGUUAUGACUGGCAGGCUUCCGUGUGUCAACUGACUCUAAACAAAGACUACGUUUGAAAAUGCAUGCUCACGCAUCCAAUCUCCCCAGAAAACGUGUGAAACAGACAUAGCCGUACAGACAGAUCUCAAACUGUCAUGGCUGUUUAGAGACGAACAGAUUUGUUUUCUACAGACAUUGAAAACCUGCUCGGAGAUGCACCAAAUAGACCACGACAGAUGCAGAUUGUUUUCUGCAGAGGUUUUGGAGGCUGUGGUAACAGCUUUGAAAUAUCAGCAUCAGGAGUGUUUCCAAGGAUUUGUGUACUUACUAAAUGUGGCUGCCAGUAGGAUAGUUAUAUACCUCACACAGCUGGUCCCACUUUGACAGUUAAAGCUUUACUCCCCCAUUGUACAAAUCUCCCUUAAGCUUACGUAGGCAUGUAAACAAGUGUCUUAUUUUAUUUUGCAUUCUUUUAAGAACUAGAUAACUAAUUUAUUAUAAUAAGAAGCACUAAAAAUUCUUUAUCAGAAUGACCCAAUUUGAUAAAAUCAAAUAUUUGUCAUGACAUCGCCUGAAGUAUAUGUGAAGAAAUAUUUACAAAACUUGGUAUGGAACAUCCGUCGGCAAAGAGAAAGUACAAAAAAUGGGUUUUCAAAAACAUUUUUGUAGAUACAUAUAAAAAGAAUUUUCCAAAACCAUUUAUGGGGUUGGCAUUAAUCUCAAAUAAAAGUAUAUGAUUAAAAAACCAAAUCUGUUUAAAACAGUAUUUAAUUGGCCGUCGCUAUUACAGACUAUCAAAGGUAGACAUCUUUUAUGUCCUGUGUAUUACAAAGAUUAUAUUUGUAACAAUUUUGAUUUCUGGAAUACCUGAAAGGUGAAUACCGGUAAUUACAUUUUGUAUCAUGGUGUGAAAUCCUACCUUAUCUGUCUUCGGUAGUCCAUAACUCUCGUCCAGAUUUUGACUAAAUUUGAAACAUUUGUGAAGAGAUAUUUAUAUCAAAUAUAAAGCAUCCAUAAACCAAUGGAAUUCAUUGUGAUAAACUGUGUGGCUUCCCCAGGGUAGAUUAGGUUGAUUCUGUUUGUUUGUGUUUUACGUCCUAGUAACCACUAUGGACAUUUAAGGAUGUGCCAGGUUUUGGUCGUAAAGAAAAGCCAGAGUAUCCAUAGAAAAACAAAACCACUUACCAUUUAAGGACAUGCCAAUUUUUGGUGAUGGAGGAAAGUUGGAGUACUUGUAGAAAAACAAAACCACUGACCUGUGGCCAGUAGUCAGGGAUAGGCCUCGAACAUGGGACCCGGUGAUGGAGGGCUAGUGAUCGUAAACAUUCAGACAUGUUAACCACUUGGCCAUUGCUGCCCUUCCCUGGGGUAAAAUCAGGAAAUGGAAAGUUCUUGUUGAAUCUUUAACUCAUUCACCCCUUCAUAUUUUAACUGGACUUGCCCAGACUUUGAUUUGGUAAGGUUCAAUGUGAGUUUAGGGGUAAAUGGGUUAAAUAGCCUCUCCUUGAUCAUAUAUGAUUUUUUUUUUAAAGAAUUUGGUGCAGAACUUUCAUUGACCAGUGGAGUUUAAUUUUGCAUCAAUGUAAAUAUAAUUGAAGUAUUUAAGUAAGUGUGAAUUUGAAGGUCUAUUUACAAUUUUUCAGCAAACUUUCAUAAUAAGACUGGGACCUUAUAUUAAUUAUGUUCUUUCAAUGAAGUUUCAUGAAACUAUCUUUUUUAUGAUUAUUGUACGGGAGAUACAGAUGAAAAUGAUGUCUUAACACAAGGCUGUUCAAGGAUUUCUCAAAGAAAGAAGCUAACAAUUCAUACCUUUAUUAGCAUGCCUCUCAUCCUUCAGGUCCUUUUUGAUGAAAUUAAAAAUAAAUAAAAAAUCAGAGCCAAAGGGGGAGGCUCCCCCGGAGCUGCAGCAUAAUCUGCCACUGGUGAACUGGGUUAUAAACUUUCCUUGAUUAAUGAUAAAUCUCCGUGAAAUUUAUAUCUACAAAUAAUAUUUCAUUAAUUACUCAAGUAAACUUCAGGUGCUCAAUUUUUUUAUUUUAUUUCACUGAUCGCUUUUUGUGGAAGUUCAAAAGUUUUUUUAAACAAAAUGAUUUCAACCUACCCAAUAAUGAUUUAUUGCCAGAAAAAAGUUGGUAGGCUCUCUUUAACAAUUUGUUUAGGUUCUUGAAGUGAAAUAGACCUGUUUCGUUAAGUUUCAUAUUCAUAUUCAAUUCCCAACUGUUUGGAACUAUUUGAACAGUUAUGAAGAGGGUAGAAUUGCAAUGUAUUUCAGUAUCCAGUGCUGUUUGAACUGCUUAUGUUUAUGUUUCGUGACAUUUUAUACCCAUGAAUUCAAUAAGUGAUGAGCUGAAUUCAUUGUCAUUCAGUAUUCAAUGAAUAAAAGUAUGUACCUUUAAUAAA